UAGCGCUCACUGUCUCCCCCUGCCGUCGCCUGACGUUGCUGACGCUGGUGGUGGAGACGCUGAGUGACAGUUGGCGGAGCGAGGCUCAUACACAGACAGGCAGAAUGGCUGCUAAUACUUCUAUGGAAACGAUUUCAAAAGUCCUGGAGACUCAGUUACUCCAGACUGCCAAAAUUAUGGAGGAGCAGCUGGAUGCAGAAAUGGAGAAGAUGGAUAAGCCUGAUGAGGACGAGUUGGAAGUCCUGAAAGAAAGAAGACGACAAGCCCUGAAGAAGGCCCAGCAACAAAAACAAGAAUGGUUAUCAAAAGGGCAUGGUGAAUAUCGAGAAAUCUCCAGCGAGAGAGACUUUUUUCAAGAAGUGAAAGAAAGUAAAAAUGUUGUCUGCCAUUUUUACAAAGAUUCAACCAUGAGAUGCAAAAUAUUGGACAAACACCUGGCAAUUCUUGCCAAGAAGCAUAUUGAAACCAAGUUUCUGAUGUUAAAUGUUGAGAAAGCCCCUUUCUUAUGUGAAAGACUGCGUAUAAAAGUAAUCCCAACACUGGCCUUGGUGAAAGAUGGGAAAACAAAAGAUUAUAUUGUUGGUUUUAGUGAUCUUGGGAAUACAGAUGAAUUUACCACAGAGACUUUGGAAUGGAGAUUAGGCUGCUCUGAAAUUAUUAAAUACAAUGGAAACUUGAUGGAGCCACCUUUCCAAAAUCAGAAGAAGCAUGGCACACAUUUUACGAAGGUGGAUAAGAAGACUAUACGGGGAAAGACUUGUGAUUCAGAUUCUGAUGAUUAAAUCUCCAGCUAGCUCUUUAAAUAUGUUUGCUUAAUAAUACUUAUUUUGGUUUUUCUUUACCUUUUCUUUUUAUAAAGCAUAAUACUUAUUUUGGUUUUUCUUUUCUUUUUUAUAAAGCAUUUUUGUAACUCAUAAAAUGAAUCAAGUGUGUGAUUUGUUAUUGGAGACCAAAGUCGAGUAAUUAUAUUCUCUAGUGCUUUACAAAUCCCUUGGUCCAUUUUCCAAGAAGACAAGCCAGCGUAGAGCUUGACAUGUUGCCUCUUACUAACACUUGGCUAAUUUCAAGCAAUAAAGAAGUAAACUUGAUAUCCUACUUAUUUGGAAGGAUUUUCUAGACUUUGUAUUACUUUUCUCAUACUCCAAAUGGAGAUAGACUAGGAUAAAAUGAUAACAUGGUCAUAGGUAGAACAACUUUUAACAUUUUUCCAAAUCCUCUUUUCAAAGAGUUGUUGAUGUGUGUUUUGGUUGCACAUAAAAACUGCAUCUUCUUUGUGGCCUGGGGUGCAGCUGUGCAGCUUUUGACCCUCAGUCCAAUGUAACCUGGUAGCUCUGCUACUUCAGUAGCGUAACAAGAAGAACCGAAUCCACAUCUGUACUUCCACAGAUGUAUUUACUAAUGUUCCAUCAUGAUCUGUACUGUGAUUAAAUAAAGUCCUCAAGUUUAUAGGGUAUAUUCCAGUGCUUUCAUUGUUGUAGGGGCAAUAGAAGACACGUGUGCUAGUGGACGAACUGAUGUUCUUGUCCCACGGUCAUGUAAUGAGGCCCUAUCCCACCAUCCUGAUCAAAUAGUUUGAAAUUAGAAGUUACAGUAUAUGAAUCAGGAUUUACAGUGUGCACAAAAAUUUAAUGUUUAAGGUUAAAUUACUUAUAAUAAAUUCUCUCUGAAACC